CUCAAGAAAAAAUGGAAAACAGGCCGCCUCCGAGUGAACUUCCAGUCAACACUGCUGUGCGAUUAUGCAAAGAAACUACCGAUAUUGACGUCAUAAUCGAACUAACAAAACACGAAAAUGCACGUGUAAGGAGGACAGCUCUGGUAGAAAUGUGUCCCUGCAGGGUUAAAAAGGACUUGAGUGACUUUUGGGCGCGGGUGCUGGAGAUGGUAGACGAUGCUGACCCCCAGGUCAGGAGACAGGUGCUCCACACUCUCUGUGACGGAUCCCCGGCUCACCUGGAGACACAGGUAGCCGAGUCCCUGGAACUGUUUAACAGGGACAGCGACGCCCAGAUCCGGCGGACAGCUCAUAAGGUCCUGGGUCACUACUGGAAAUCCGGCAAGUGGAACAUACUGUGAUCCGGCGGACAGCCCAUAAGGUCCUGGGACACUACUGGAAAUCCGGCAAGUGGAACAUACUGUGAUCCGGCGGACAGCCCAUAAGGUCCUGGGACACUACUGGAAAUCCGGCAAGUGGAACAUACGGUGAGGAUAG